GACGUGUUCUCUUCCAACAUUUGUCUCGUUUUCGUGUUCGUGUUUAAGUAGUUCGUGUUUCUUCAAGUUUUGUUAAUAUUUUUUAUUUUAAAUAUUAUAAAGGGCAGUGAGAAAUCGUAAAAGAAAGUAGGGCUUUAUAACUCAAGCCGUAACGAAUAAAUUUGUUCCAUUGAGCUAAGGUUCCGGGACAGCGUCGAACAUUAUAUACACAAACAAAAAUGAAUAUCCCCAACGAAUACAUUUCGAAAACGGAGGAUGUGGCGGAUCAGGUAAUUCGUCGCGGUAAAAAUAUCCUGCCUACAGUCGCACGUCUAUGUUUGAUAGCGACAUUUUUUGAAGAUGGCUUGCGCAUGUAUUUUCAAUGGAAUGAACAACGCGAAUAUAUGGAUAUGAGUUGGGGUUGUGGUAAAUUUUUAGCGACGGUUUUCGUGCUUGUGAAUUUAUUUGGACAACUAGGUGGCUGUGUAAUGGUAAUCGCUAGAUUUAAGGUCGAUAUUGCUGUUGGUGUGCUCUUCUUCAUUGUAGUGCUACAGACAAUCGCUUACUCUAUCCUCUGGGACAUACAAUUCUUGUUGCGCAAUCUGGCACUGAUCGGUGCAUUACUGCUUGUUUUAGCGGAAUCACGUGUGGAAGGCCGCAGUCUCUUUGCUGGUGUUCCCUCACUUGGUGAGAAUAAACCCAAGAAUGUCAUGCAGCUCGCUGGUCGUAUACUGCUCGCAUUUAUGUUUAUUACACUAAUUCGUUUCGAAAUGAGCUUCCUUCAGAUUUUAUUAGAUAUCGUUGGUUCGAUUUUGAUGGUUCUGGUAACAAUCGGAUAUAAAACAAAAUUGUCUGCACUCAUCCUUGUAGCAUUAUUGACUGUACUCAAUUUGUACCAUAACGCGUGGUGGACCAUUCCUUCCUAUAAACCACUUAGAGAUUUCUUGAAAUAUGACUUUUUCCAGACGCUCUCCGUCAUUGGCGGUUUAUUAAUGAUUGUGUCACUGGGUCCAGGUGGUGUAUCCAUGGACGAGCAUAAAAAGAAAUGGUAGACUUGGCCACGGUGGCUUAGAGCAUCCCCAUGCACAGGAGAGAAAAUUCUUAAUUUUAUUAUUUUAUAUAAAUGUAUUUCUUUUUGUUUCAUAAAUUAGACAACUUUUUAUAAUAACAAGCGAUAAACAACAACCAUAAAAUGGGAGAAAUUAUGAUAAAAGUAAAUAAAAACAACAACAAAUGAAAACAAACAAUAAAAAUAUGGAUAAAUAUCAAA